UCAGCCAAUCAGCGUCUAGCUGUCUUUGCGCUGUGAGAAGUUAGCAGUCUGGUGCCAGUCUGGUCCGUAACCACGAUGGAUGCGAUACCAAUCCUUUUGCUCGUCCUCUUGCUUGGGACAUGGGUACAAGAAAACACCGCCCUCCAGUGUCACUGUGACCAGUGCCAAGGCAACUCCAGCUGCACCACAGAUGGGGUCUGCAUCAUCGUAGUCCAGAAGACCCGUAACCAGCUGAUCACCACGCAACGCCAGUGCAUACGAGACAGUUCCCUCAUCCCCCGAGACAGGCCCUUCAUCUGUGCCUCUUCCACCAAAGCUGGUGAAGGCCUCCACCCUUUCUGCUGCAUAGAGGAUUUUUGCAAUGAGAAGGUAGACCCCACCGCCAUCCCUGACACCCCAGUGAACCCCCCUGUCCUGGGCCCCGUGGCCCUCGCCGCUGUCAUCGCUUGCCCAGUAUGCGUGCUCUGCCUGCUGCUGGUUCUGGCCUUUUAUAUUUGCCACAACCACAGAGGACUGGGAGCUGGGGGUGCUGGAGCCCACCACCACCGUGUGCCCAAUGAAGAGGACCCCUCUAUGGACCACCCUUUUAUUACUGUUGGAACAACCCUAAAGGACCUCAUCUACGACAUGACCACCUCAGGAUCUGGAUCAGGUCUGCCACUGCUGGUCCAGAGGACCAUCGCCAGAACCAUCAUCCUCCAGGAGAGCAUCGGGAAGGGGCGCUUCGGUGAAGUGUGGCGGGGAAAAUGGCGUGGUGAGGAGGUGGCCGUGAAGAUAUUCUCCUCCCGAGAGGAGCGCUCCUGGUUCCGAGAGGCUGAGAUCUACCAGACCGUGAUGCUGAGGCAUGAGAACAUCCUGGGCUUCAUCGCUGCUGACAAUAAAGAUAACGGGACAUGGACUCAGCUGUGGUUGGUGUCGGAUUACCACGAACAUGGCUCCUUGUUCGACUACCUGAACCGCUACACCGUCACUGUGGAGGGCAUGAUCAAACUGUCCCUGUCCACGGCCAGCGGCCUGGCUCACCUCCACAUGGAGAUAGUAGGCACACAAGGGAAGCCAGCCAUCGCACACAGAGACCUGAAGUCAAAGAACAUCCUGGUGAAGAAGAACGGGACCUGCUGCAUCGCCGAUCUGGGCCUGGCCGUUCGCCACGACUCCGCCACCGACACCAUCGACAUCGCCCCGAACCACAGAGUGGGAACCAAACGGUAUAUGGCUCCAGAGGUCCUGGAUGACUCCAUCAACAUGAAACACUUUGAGUCGUUCAAGCGAGCCGACAUCUAUGCCAUGGGCUUGGUGUUCUGGGAGAUCGCCAGCCGCUGCUCAAUGGGAGGCAUUCAUGAGGACUACCAGCUGCCCUACUAUGACCUGGUUCAGUCAGAUCCCUCAGUGGAGGAGAUGAGGAAGGUGGUCUGCGAGCAGAAACUUCGCCCCAACAUUCCCAACCGCUGGCAGGGUUGUGAGGCCCUGCGGGUGAUGGCGAAGAUCAUGAGGGAGUGUUGGUACGCCAACGGAGCGGCGCGACUCACCGCUCUCCGGAUCAAGAAGACGUUGUCUCAGCUCAGCCAACAGGAGGGAAUAAAGAUGUAGACACCAAGCACACACCUCUGACUGACACCAUCAUCACACCAUCAUCAUCCUCAUUACAUGGGGUGUUCCUUCGUUUUUUCCUUUUAAGUCUCAUUUCAUUCGUAAUCCGAGGACUGGUUCACGUUAAUGGAUCUGAGCCUGAAGAGGAUGACGGAGGUCCCCAUUGUCCCACCCAGCAGUGAGCUCAGAUCCUAUCUGGUCAACAGAGACAGCCUCUUCAUCAUCAUCAUCAUUGUUUUCCUCUAUGUUAUGAAGCUGCUCUUCUGUCGGGCUGCAGGUUGGAUGGAAGUGAUCAGAAAGCUGUCAGAAGUGACGGCAGGUCCUCGUUCUACAAACCUGAAACUUCCAGGUUUGGGAACGAGACGUUCACCUCGUCCCUUCCCAACAAUGCUGCUGCAAAGAUCCUGGUCAGAACCGCUUUAUUAUCACUUCAUUUAGUCAGUUCUACAGCUGCAGGAGACUCUUCAUCCUGAACGCUUUUAACCCUUAAAACUCCCAAGCCACAUGUAGCAGCUGAAGCUUUUAAUCCCAGUAUAAACCAGUCUGUAGAAGCUUAAGCUUUUAAUCCCAGUAUAAACCAGUCUGUAGAAGCUGUCAGAC